UGGUAGGCUACAUUCGUAUACCGGUCGAAAGUCGGGCAGGACACUAUUACUAUAGCUGCAGUUGAAGCCAGAAAAAUCACAUUGCAAUGAAAUUUGCACUGAGAAUUGGUUGGAAAAUUGGUAACGUCACUGCGGAUGCGCGUUUGCGUGUACAACAACAGCAACAAGCACGCAAGAAGCAACGUUUGAUGCGCCGUCAAUACGAGCGAGGCACCAUACGGCGCCUUAGCCAAACUGUCACAAAUGAGCCCGCAGCUUGUGGAUCACUGAAGCUGAAACAUAACCGCAAAUCUGCACUAAUUAAGCGUACGUGUACGGAGUUUGUUGCACAAAUGGAGUUGCUGCAUCUGCAAAUAGACAGACCACCAAAAGUUUUGGAGAAGUCAGUGAAGGAGAAUUUUCAGCACGAUGGCAGUUUUCACCAAGCGAUUGGCAAAGUAUUGCUGUUCGCGGAAUUCUUUGCCGUGAUGCCAGUUAAGGGAGUCACUGCCUCGCAUCCUAAACAAUUGUCAUUCUCUUGGACAAAUAUACGGACUCUGUAUUGUUUAUUAUUUAUAAUAAUGACAGUAAUUGAUUUGGGGUUCUCAAUAAACAAACUGCUACACAAACCCAUCAACUUCAAUAGUGUUGAGCCACUGAUAUUUCGCUCGUCUAUUAUUGUGGUUUGCAUCAGUGCUAUCUCAUUGGCGCGCAAAUGGCCUGCAUUGAUGUUGUAUUGGUAUGAGAUUGAGAGCGAUUUGCCUGAGUAUUUAACGCAAAUGGAAAAAGGACGUCUGGCGUAUAAGAUUAAAAUGGUGACAAUUGUUGCCAUGAUGUUGUCACUCGGCGAACACUUGAUGAAUAUUAUCUCCAACAUACAUUAUUCCAACUACUGUUCACAAACCAACGAUCCAAUUGAAGACUUCUUCCUUCUAACUAACCAGCAACUCUUCCUGGUUUUUCCUUACACUAUUUAUUUGGGUAUUUACGGAAAAAUUGAGAAUAUAUUGUGCACCUUCAUUUGGAAUUACAUGGAUUGUUUUGUGAUGCUUAUUAGUCUGGGAUUGGCGGCGAAAUUUAAGCAGCUCAACGAUAACUUAUUCAAAUUUAAGGGUAUGCAAAUGCCUGAAAGUUUCUGGUCAACUCGUCGCAAACAAUACCGGAACUUGUGUGAGCUCUGUUUACGUAUUGAUGGCGCCAUUUCCCUCAUCACAAUGAUAUCCUUUUCGAAUAAUUUGUACUUUAUUUGUGUGCAACUGCUGCGCAGCCUCAAUAAAAUGCCUUCAUUCGUACACGCCGCCUACUUUUACUUCUCGCUCUCCUUUCUUAUUGGCCGCACGUUGGCCGUUUCAUUGUAUACGGCCAGCAUCCACGAUGAGUCUCGGAAACCUCUGCGCGUCCUACGGUGCGUUCCUAAAGAGUCGUGGUGCACUGAGGUGAAGCGUUUCUCUGAGGAAAUUAACAGUGAUUUGGUUGCAUUAAGUGGCAUGAAAUUUUUUUAUCUCACACGGAAAUUGGUGCUGAGUGUUGCUGGGACCAUUGUGACAUACGAGCUGGUGCUUAUACAAUUUCAUCAGGAUGGUAAACUGGGCGACUGUGCCAGUAUUGUACGUCCUUUGCCAUCGUCGAGCAAUGGUAGUGCGCAUUGAAGUGGAUAAAGUCUGAUGGUCAAUAAUAGUUAUUACGCACACAUAUGGAUGGAUGGCAAGCCUGUUA